ACGUACGUCUGUCUGCUACGGAGUCGCAGCCUUGUAUUACGAAGCUGUUCAAGAGCCAGGCUUAUGAAAGGGAACAUGGUUAUAGUAACACGAUUUCAGUUCAAUGGAAAAAUCUUUGAACUUGAGUCGGUCUGUGGGAUAUGUUGGUGUGAGUGAAGCAUGGAUGAUGUGAUAGUUGGGUUAAGUUGUUGAAUGGUUGGAACUGGAACUGGUUUGGUACAGGAACAGAGAAGGAUCUCAACCAUGGCAGAAGGUGCUCCAAGUGCCCAGUCUUUAGGCGGUAUGCUUAAGGAAUUGGAACUGAUUGACGAAGAAAAAGCGGACUGUUUGUGCCAAUUGGGCCGAUUAAAGGAGGCGAUUUCCUUGUACACCCAUUGUUCGAAUUCCAACGGGGACUUUACCCCCGAACGUUUGAAACAUUUCAUCGAGGCCUUGAGCCGAAGUGCCACUUUGCGUGAAAAUGGAUCCGUUUCAUUUGCUUCCAAUGGUUAUAUGGCAGACCCGUGGAGUUGUUCCACGUGUUGUGGAGUUUUGUCGGACCCGAUUUCCCUGCCUUGUGGACACUGCUACUGCCGAAAGUGCCUAGAGCGUGAUUUGGGCGAGAGUCUGCGGUGUCGAAAAUGCGGCCAAAACGCCAAUCAUAAACAUUUGAGCUCGCUCAGGAUCAAUGUUCUUGUGAAUCGAUUGGUCCAUAAGUACUGGGACAAUGAUCUGAAGGCGCUUGCACUCAGGAACCAAGGGAACCAAUUGUUCCAAGAAUCUCGACAUGAGGAAGCGCUCAAAGUGUACUCGGAGGCUUUAGCCCUUGGGACGAACGAUCACAUUCUGUAUGGCAACCGAUCGCACCUUUAUUUCAAGUCCGGUGAAUACCUCAACGCUUUGGAGGACGCCGAUGCUGCCAUCCAAUUGAAACCCGAGUGGGCUAAAGGUCAUUACAGACGGGCCGUGGCCUUACAAAAGCUGAACCGGCAGGAGCAAGCCUUUGAAGCCUUCUACAAGUGCCUAAUUUUGGAGGAAGGGAAGUCCAAACCGGUGCGAAACGAACUUACCAAAGUGUUGUUCGAGCUGAUGGCGCGUUAUAAAGAACACGAAGAGCAUGCCUGUCCAGAUCAAGAGAACUCUGGCGCAGACCAAGCCAGUCAUGGCAAGCGGCAACGAUAUUUGAGACGGGUAUCAACUAGUGAACCUUCCCAAUUGCACAACUUGGGUGCCAAAACGGAUUUCGACUUGGAAGCUCCCACCGAUGAAUCCCGACCUCUAACGUUCCAAUCCUCUACCAAUGCCAGCAACACGUCUUUGGCCCCUGAUCAUCCUCUGUAUCGUCUCCUCGAUGACACCAUAGGAUCAGCCACACCCCUUCGAGCUUUGACAUGCAAAAAACGGCAAGACGACCGACCCAUUGCCGAAGAGGCCGUGGAUGUGAACGACUACGAAUGUUCGCUGUGUUUUCGCCUUCUCUACGAGCCCGUGACCACUCCUUGCGGGCACACGUUCUGUCGGAUGUGUCUAGACCGGUCUUUGGAUCAUAACUCCUGUUGUCCCAUGUGCAAGGGAAACUUGGAUCAAUAUUUGGCCGAGAGACGGGAAUCACUCGAUGAGUUUGUUGACGAAUCGAUUCGAAGACUUCUGCCCGAAGAGCACAAGGAACGGGAGAUAUUACACGAUAAAGAAAUGGAGGAAUUGGCCGGAGCCGGGAAUGGCACACAGCAAGAGGUGCCUGUAUUUGUUUGUACCAUGACAUUUCCGAGUAUUCCUUGUCCGCUCCACGUGUUUGAACCGCGUUAUCGACUCAUGAUUCGGAGAUGCAUGGAAACUGGCACGAGAGAAUUUGGAAUGUGCUGCCGCAUCGACGACACCGAGCCUUUUGCUCAGUACGGCACCUUGUUGGAAAUCAGGGAUAUCCAAUACUUUCCCGACGGCCGGGCGGUGGUUGAUACUGUUGGUGGGAGACGAUUCAAAGUAAUCAGCCGGGAUGUAAGAGAUGGCUAUCACACUGCCAAUGUGGAGUUCAUCAAAGACGACAAAGUUCUGCCCGAAUAUGUUCCCGAACUGAAAUCAUUGCAUCAAGAGGUGCUAACAACAGCCUUGAGUUGGUUCAAUAAUAUGGCUCGAGAGAUCCGCGAUGGAAUUGUGUCUCAUUAUGGUCAGAUCCCGGAUCCCGAGGUGGAUUAUUGGAAUCUUCCCAAUGGACCAUCUUGGUUAUGGUGGAUUCUUGUGACACUACCAGUCCCUCCGCAAAUGCAGCUCCAAAUUGUGUCCAUGACAACUCUGGGCAAACGAUUGGAGGCGGUCCAAAAGAUCAUCCGUUAUCUCACUCGAUCCCAUUAAGUUGUAUUUAAGCACCAAAGUCUUGCAAAUUCCCUUUUUUCUUGUGCUCUGUUCGGUUUAUGUUUUCACCUUUAGCUCAAUGAGUUUAGCUUUACCCUCGGUUCCGCACUUAAACAUUGUUUCGCCCAAGUAAACCUCUACCACUAAUAUCACGCACGUUUCUACGAGAACACCAAACUACAAGCUUCGUUCGGUUUAUAUUCCUACAAUAGAUGGACUUUUCUUACGCGUGGGGAACGAUUCAACAUUUCUACGACAACAUGGCUGUUAUAUAUCUAAUUGAUCUUGUGAAUUUUAAUAAAUUUUCUACCACAUCUCGCCAUCGCUUGUGAAUGAAUAAAAAAUAGAAAUCAUUUGUA